UCUCUGCUGUCGCCAGUUUCCUCGUUCUUCUCCUUCUUGUUGUCGCCAGAUCCUCCUCCGUCCUCCAGAACCGAGCUCCUGCGGCCAGAACCCGUCCGACCCGGAUCCCACCGCGACCCGACAACAGUACCGGUACCAGACCCCCGGAGUUUAAAAAAACGACUUUAAUCUCGCUUUUUGUCGCUACCUGCCGCCGCUCACCUGUCGCCGCUCACCUGUCGCCGCCAUCAUGAUGUCAGCGGGGCGGUAAUGGCAGCAGAGCGCGAGACUCACCGGGAGACAGCGCGAGACGAACCGAGGACGGAAUAAGAGACAAAAAGGGGGACCUGAAGCGACAUGGAUUUACUGGACUCAGGACAGAAGUUCAGUCCCAGACAGGAGCCGGACUGGGACACCAACCUGCAGUUCCUGCCGGCCACAGACUCCAAGCGGCUGGAGAAGAAACCCGGCCGCAGGAAGAAGCUCUGGAUCGGGCUGGGCCUGCUGGUCUCGGCUGCCGCUCUGGCUCUGCUCACUGGGCUGCUGGUCUGGCACUUCCACUUACGCAGUGACGUCAGAGUGAAGAAGGUUUAUAUCGGCUCCAUGGGGAUCAACAACCAGCGUUUCCUGUCAUCGUAUGAAGAUCCCAGCAGUCGAGAUUUUAAAAACCUGGCCGCUCUGGUCAACCAGCAGCUCAAACUGAUUUACUCCAAAAAUUCAGUUCUGGCCAAAUACUUCAAAGGCUCCACAGUCCAGGCCUUCAGUGAGGGAGACGGCGGAGGUGACGGCAUCGUGGCGUAUUACCAGUCAGAGUUUGACGUCCACAUCAACCAGGAGGCCUCGCUGGACGAAGCCGUCGAAUCUCUGGAGCCGCCGGCAGGAAGUCAGCAGGGUCGACACGGACGAGUGCUGCUGAAACCCACCGACCCUCUGAGCGUCAACAGCGUCAUCUCACGAGCUAUAGACCCACGCAUGACAAGGACCACUUUAUUUGUGAAAAAGUCGUUCAACAUCCAUGUCAAAGAAGCGGGAAUCGUCCAGUCUCCGGGGUUUCCAGACUCUUCGUACCCACCAAACGUCUACCUGCAGUGGACGCUGAGGGCCGACCCCGGCCACCGAGUCCGACUGGACUUCCACACUCUGAUCCUGGAGGACGACUGCCAACAUGACUUCAUCAAAAUCUACGACUCCCUGGCUACGAUAGAGACCCGAGUCCUGACAGAACAGUGCGGAUACCAUCAUAACUCCCUGUCCUUCCUGUCCUCUGGGAACGUCAUGUUGCUGACUCUGGUCACCAGCGAGGAGAAGAACUUCCCCGGCUUCAGAGCCAGCUACUCCCAGAUCCCUCUGACUGAACAAACAUGCGAGGCGUCUCAGAUGAAGUGUAAAAAUGGCCGCUGUAAACCAAAGUUCUGGAAAUGUGAUGGCAAUGACGACUGCGGAGACAACACAGACGAGGAAAACUGUGUGAAGUGUAAACCAGAAGAGUUUGCCUGCAGGAACAAACGCUGUAUCCCAGAGAAGUUGAAGUGUAACGGAGUGGACGACUGCUCAGAUGGAUCAGAUGAGUCUAAAUGUGAAAAAUCUCUGGUGUUGCAGCAGUGUUCAGAGUUCACCUUCCGCUGCACGACCGGACGCUGCAUCAGCAAACUGAACCCAGAGUGUGACGGAGAGCAGGACUGCGAGGACGGCUCUGACGAGAACAGCUGCCAGUGCGGGCUGAGGCCGUACCGGAGCUCCCGUAUCGUGGGCGGUCAGGCGUCCCGGGAGGGGGAGUGGCCCUGGCAGGUCAGCCUCCACAUCAGGGGUGUAGGUCACGUGUGUGGAGCGUCGGUGUUGAGCAACCGCUGGCUGCUGACCGCCGCUCACUGUGUUCAGGACAACGGACCAAACAAGUACUCCCAGGCGGACCAAUGGGAGGCCUUGCUGGGCCUGCAUGUGCAGAGUCAGACCAACGAGUUGACGGUGAGGAGGAACGUGAGGCGGAUCAUCGCCCACCAAGACUACAACAGCUUGACCUACGACAACGACAUCGCUCUGAUGGAGCUGGACGCCAUUGUCACCCUCAACCAGAACAUCUGGCCCAUCUGUCUGCCCUCACCCACCUACGACUUCCCAGCAGGCCAAGUGGCGUGGAUCACCGGCUGGGGGACCACCAGAGAGGGAGGUCUUGCUGCGACCAUCCUGCAGAAGGCGGAGGUUCGGAUCAUCAACAGCACGGUGUGUAAGAGUCUGAUGGACGAAGUCACCGACAGGAUGCUGUGUGCCGGAGUCCUCAAAGGAGGCGUGGACGCCUGUCAGGGCGACUCUGGCGGGCCGCUGUCUGUCACCGGCCUCAGUGGGCGAACCUUCCUGGCUGGUGUGGUGAGCUGGGGCGACGGCUGCGCUCGCAGGAACAAACCCGGCGUCUACACCCGAGUCACCAAAUACCGCAGCUGGAUCAAGGAGAACAGCGGAGUGUAGCAGCAGAGACGCUCUGGAUUAGUGUUUCCAUGGAUAUUAAGACUGGAGGUGAAUGUGGGCUGUGAUUGGUGAACAAAUAUGAUUAUUAUUAUUAUUCACAGCAGAAUCUGUGAAUUAUUCUUAAAUCUUCAAGUUUUUUAAGUUGCUUUUGCUAUCGAUGAAUCAAAGUGCAGCAAAGCAGAAGCUGAAAGCAGCUUUCUGUGGGUUUCAUUUUUUAUUUUUAGAUUAUUGAAACAGAUCACAACUCGAUUUGUCUUUUUUAUUCAGUAAUGAAGAUAAUAACUGUAAUAUUCAGUGCACUUUCUCAUUUGUCAUUUUGAGACAAUGAGCUGGAUUUUGUAUGAAAGAAAUACUGUAACAGUACCACUUUGACUUAUUGAACAGCAUCUAACAUCUGCAUUCACAUUUACAACAAUAAAUACAUUUGCAGUGUUUAUUCAUUUUUUAAAAUAAAUUGUGACCUUGAAAUAAGAAGCUCCAAAAAAAAGUGAAUGCUGUCUUAAAUGGAAGUUGUGAUCUUUAGAUAUCGGGUUUAAAUAAUCAUAAACAGCCUCAGCUGCUGUCUGCUUCUGCACAAAAGGAAAAAAAACUGUAAAUACAAACAAAAGAGAUUUGAGAUUUUGUUGUGGGCUUAUUCACAUGUUCAUUUUCUGCUACAGAUUACUUUGUACAAGUAAAUGUUUGAAACACUUGAUGUGUUUCCUCUUGAAGAUUAACUAUCUUGUAAAUAAUAAUGAUAAAAUGUACUCAGGGCUAAAAGGAAAAUACUUAAAUAUCAUCUUUUGCAAAUAUCAUCAUUUAUGUUUCAGCUAUAACUAACGACAUACUUCUGCAGUCUUUAGGUGGAACUAAUGGUUAAACAGGGUCAGUGUGUGUUUUUGGUUUUAGUUGAUAUACUUUAGUAACUGUAGUCACCCCUGUAGUAGUCCCACCCUCUGUGGCAGAGCUGGUAUGAACGAGGAAAACAGGAUCAACAGGAUAAAACACUGAACUCUGUCACACUGUCAGAACAAAAUGUUCACUUCAAGGUUCUUCAGACAUGGUUUAACUCCAGGCUAACAUGUUAGCCAGCUGAAAUUACCCAAUUAAUUCUAAUGUGCCUCUUUAAACACAUUUACAGGUUUAAUUUAUUUGUCUUGAAUAACUAUGAAUUUGAGUUAAGGAGCCACUGUAAACAUAUUCCAACCAUGAAAUAAAACACUGCAAAGAAAACAACAUCAAAUUAUAUGACACAUUUCAGAGUUCAGCCUUUUGCUCAUCAUAUCCAAGCUAAAAUUGUGAUAAAGACACAAAUAGUUUGGGAUGUAUUUAAAAUUUUAAUUUCUCUCCCAUAACACUGCAAAACGUGUCGGUCAUAAUCCUGUCGACAGGCAGCAGCUUUGAAGGUCGAGGCCUUGUUGCUGUGAAAUCAGUUGCAGAGAAACUGAAAAAUCCAGUCUUAUCCAUGUGUGCUAAACAGUUCCUAUGUGAUCCAAAUAGGUUCCUCACCAGCAAAGUAUCUUGAAAACACUCUAAAUACUUCAAAGUAUCCAGAAAAACUGACCGGUUUCAACAUUCAUGAAGGAGCUCCUCAGGGAACCGUUCUUGGUCCUCUAGGAAUUUACACAAAACUAGUCAACUCAAGUUAAAUACUAGCGUUUUUCCAAUUGAUUUAUUUAUUUUACCAUGUCAUCAAUGUAGAAUAGAUGACCACUAACAUCACAUUUAAAAGAACCUUAAAGGUUCCUGGGAGCUCUUGUACAACAGGGUGUUCUCCAAUAAGUGUGUUACGGCACAAACCAGGAUGAGCGUUGAUAUUUAAAAGCAAACCAACAAAAAGUUGCAAAAAAUCAUACUUUAUUCAUAACCAAAAAUGAUUUACUUUUGCAUUUUACUUAAAUUUUUUUUGUUUUCCCACUGAAUUUCAAUCUUUCUCUUUGUUCAAGUUUGAGCAGCUACUACCUUAAAUCAGCUGUCUGUGUUACAUUUCUUGUUUUUGUAUUCAUGUUUUGCACUGCGGUGGCAUAUUUUCUGCUGAAUGUAUUUAUUUGAACAAUGUUUUCUUAUUUGUGCAGCAGUUGGGUUUUUUGGAGUUUCAAGUCCACUUCUGUUCUUGCUUUUAUAGGAGUUAUACUUUGAGUUUGGUUGCUAGUGGUGUAUAUUUCUUUGCUGCGUACUGUGGAAGAAUUACAGAGGAAGCCUUUUGUCUGAGUCGAGGCCUGUUGGCCCGAUGAGUUUAGUUUAGCAGGAUAACUAAGAUAAUCAUGAAUGUAGUAAAGUGAAUUUUUACUGUAGUUGAAGCUAGUUAAUGUCUAACUGCAAAUACCUGUAUGAAGGCUGAUUACAGUAUGUAAAUACACUUUUUCAUUAUUAUUUUGAUGGAAUUGAAUGUUUUUUGGGGGUAACUGCCAAAUGUCAUGCAAUAAAAACAUCCAUAAC